AUGGCCUCCUCUGCUCUGCCCAAGAACCCCAUGCUGCGCCGCACCGCGACUUCGGCCACGGCCACGGCCUCGGCCACCGACUCCGAAUCCUCUGCCGCCGUCUCCCCAGCUGAUUCGCCUCGACCUUCGCCUUCGUCCACGUCUCUCUCGUCCCUCUGCUCGCUCGAUGCGGAUGCCAGCAAAGACGAAUACGUCGGCCUUCUCGACACCUACGGCAACCCUUUCACGCCUCCCAACUUCACCAUCAAGGACAUUCGCGACGCUAUUCCGAAGCACUGCUUUGAGCGCUCAGCCCUCCGGGGCUACGGCUACAUCCUCCGCGACGUCGUCUGUCUCGCCUCCACCUUCUACGUCUUCCACAACUUUGUGACGCCCGAACAUGUACCUUCGACGCCCCUGCGAUUCAUCCUUUGGGGCAUUUACACUGCUCUCCAGGGGCUUUUUGGAACGGGCCUCUGGGUCAUUGCACACGAGUGUGGUCACGGUGCAUUUUCCACCUCCAGCUUCAUCAAUGACCUGACUGGCUGGGUUGUGCACUCUGCCCUUCUUGUCCCCUAUUUCAGCUGGAAGUUCUCCCACAGUGCCCACCACAAGGCCACUGGCCACAUGGAGCGCGACAUGGUCUUUCUGCCCCGGACUCGUGAGCAGCAGGCCACCCGCGCAGGACGCAUGGUCCACGAGCUCGGCGAGCUUUGCGAGGAGACCCCCGUCUACACCCUGCUGCACCUCGUUGCUCAGCAGCUCAUCGGAUGGCCCAACUACCUCCUCACCAACGUCACGGGCCACAACUUCCAUGAACGUCAGCGAGAGGGACGUGGCAAGGGCAAGAAAAACGGUAUCGGUGGUGGUGUGAACCACUUUGACCCCAGCUCACCCAUCUUCGACAGGAAGCACGCCAAGUACAUUGUUCUCUCCGACAUAGGUCUGGCCGUUGCCUUCAGUGCUCUCGCCUUGCUUGGUCACCGAUUUGGUUGGGCCAAUAUGGCUGUCUGGUAUUUCAUCCCGUAUCUGUGGGUGAAUCACUGGCUUGUUGCCAUCACCUUCCUCCAGCACACCGACCCAACUCUGCCUCACUACACGGCCGAGGAGUGGAAUUUCGUCCGCGGCGCUGCUGCCACGAUUGACCGUGAGAUGGGCUUCGUCGGCCGACACCUGCUCCACGGCAUCAUCGAGACUCACGUCCUGCACCACUAUGUCAGCUCCAUCCCCUUCUACAACGCCGACGAAGCUUCCGAGGCCAUCAAGCCCGUCAUGGGCAGACACUACCGCGCUGAUACCAAGGACGGGCCCUGGGGCUUUAUCCGUGCUCUGUGGCUCAGCGCACGCUGGUGUCAGUGGGUUGAGCCCAGCGCUGAUGCUCAGGGUGCCGGCAAAGGCGUCUUGUUCUUCCGUAAUAGCAACGGCCUUGGCACCAAGCCCAUUUCCAUGAAGGCCGAGUAA